CGUUCUUGGUCGUUGUCAGCAACCAACGUACACAAUUUUAGCAACCAGGAACUGGCGUGUGGUGGUUUUGCAAGUGCGGCGGUGUUGUCAGAGGAAGCGCUUUUUAUUAAAGUCUAAAUGAUUUACUGAUUGUUUCCGUUUUCAAAAGAUAGUCUGCAAACGUGCCGCCAUUUUGGUAAAUGUCUUCUUGUCGUCAUGAAUCUCGGAGACGGCCUGCUGUUUGAACUUGAAAAUGGAAAACCCAAGUUGAUUGUUCUCAGUCAUGGCGUUGACAAGAAUCCAACAAAGCUGUCCUGCAGGUCCAGAGCGGCCAACAUCCUGAGCGCCAGGCAGCUGUCCUGUGUGGAGGAGGUGCAGGGAGAAGAGCGUCCAGCCCGGCAGCAGGUGGGGAGGAACAGAGAAACCAAGAGCAAGGCCGGAGGUGCAGCUGCCUCCUUCACCCUGAACACCGCCACCACUGGGGGGAGGAGCAUCACUCAUACAUCAUCCAAGACACAUGAGCAACACAAAGGGGGAAACAUCAAAAUUGUGGCUAAAGUUAAGUCAGACAGACACAAACACAGCAGUACUGUUGCCUCCCAGAGAGUCAGUGUGAAAACAGGACAGCCUCAAAACGGUGGGACACGAGUGGGUGGAAGGGUUGGACUAAAGGACACGCUGACCAGUGGGGAAGCAGGCCAGAAGGAGAGCGUGGUGUGUCUGACUAAUGCGCAGCUACAGCAGAUCCUCAGCACGGUGCAGACCAGCAGCAAUGGACAAGACCCACGAGAGGACCACUGGACCAAGGAAAAUCAGACAGACUCAAAAUCUGACUGCUUGGUGAAUGAUGGAGAUGGGAAGAGGAAGGAGGAAGACAGAGGAGGUGGAGGUGGAGGAGAAACUGAUAGAACUGGAAGCUCACAGGAUAAAGGCAACAGGUUGUCUGGAUGUCUGUUCAGCUGGCUGGAGGAGCGACAGUCAGAGAGCAGAGCAGCCAUCGACGCCAAGAAGGCUCAGUGGAGGAAAGAACUAGAUGAGCAGGUGGCACUGAAGCAGCAGCAGCAGCGCUCAGCCCCCAGCAGACUUCAGGCUGAGGAGGAUGCAGAGAGUGUGUUAUCAGUUCAGAGCUCCAUCAGCCACAGAGAACAGCCUGCAGCCAUCAGAUCCAGCCUCAGACUUGGGGAGGUCACGCCGAUGGCGGAGAUUCUGAGUAUCGAGAGGAGAGAGGAGCAGAAGAGACGCUGGCUGGAGGAACUGGACCAACAGAGAGAGGAGACAACUGAACGCAGGAGACGAGAGAAGCUGCUGCAGAGCCAGACGGAGGACCACGAACUCUGGGCCACACACUUUGACUCACUGCAGAGAAGGCCUCCUGUCCGGACGACAGCUCCAUCAGCUCCACCUCCAGCCCCUUCUAAUGGCUCCGAGCGAGGGGAGUGGGAGCCCUCGUCCAGCCUCUCUCUGGUCUGGGAGGCCAUGAGCAGUUGUGGAGCAGACAGUGUUGGUGGAGGCAGCGUAGAUACAACUAGCGGAUACCCAGCCAGAGCCAGUUAUCUGAGGACUAUGACUGCCCUGCUGGACCCUGCCCAGAUAGAAGAGAGAGAGAGGAGGAGGCUAAAACAGCUGGAGCAGCAGCGAGCGAUCGAGGCCCAAAUGGAGGAGCAGCGACAGCAGAAGGAGCGAGAAGAGGCAAGGAGGAGACAGGAAGAGGAGGAGGAAGAGAGGAGGGUGGCGCUGGAGAGAGAGAUGCUGGAGAGGCGGUACGAGCUGGACACACUGAAGGAGAGGCAGAAGGAGCAGCCGAGGCAUCAGGCCGAGCAGCCAAACAGAGGUCACACUGAUGAGAGACGCCAGGAGGUUCUGGAGAACAGCGAAGUUAGCAGGCAGGACGAGUGCUUGGAGGAGGUCAGCAGUUCAGCCACCCCGUACAAAGACACUGCUGUACAAACAGAACCAACUCCUUCUCUCCCGCUGAGAGCCGACAGAGUUCAGACUCCUCACGUCUCGCCAGAGUACCAGCCACCUCCUCAGACUCAGGCUGCUGCUGCUCCUCCUAACAGCAGGAACCGAGCUGUGAGAGCAGGCAAGGAGAACAUGUGUCUGCCAGGAGGAGGAGGAGGAGAUCCAUAUGAGGCAUUUGCCAGGACAGAGAGGAGAGACAAGAGGAGGCCAGAGUGGAACACAAAAAGGCCCAGUCGUCAGUUCGUUCCAGCCUCGGAGCGUUACCCUGCCUCUCUGCAGAGGAACAGACAGGAGAGUCGAAUGAAGAGGCAGGCCGAGCUCCUCGCUCUGCAGGAGAAGGCCUGUCUGUCCAGGACCAACCCAGCUCCUCCUCCUCCUCCAACUCCUCAGCACCAGGAGCCUCGUCUCUGCUCCAACCCCACACAGACCAGAACCAGUCCAAACAGGAAGGUAGAGAGUGUUUCCAGAGGACACAACAUCUCUGCAGCCAUCAACACUGAAAGGGGGCGCUCUCCUCCCGUCCCUGCUGUGAGACACAGAGUUCAGGGUCAGCAGGCCCCAUCCUCCUCCACACCUCCUCCUCCUCCUGCUCAACCACCGGGCUUGGAGUUCAUUCCUUAUGUCAGGACUGAUGAAGUCUUCAACCUGGAUCCACUGGAGCCUGCACACACACCCCCACCUCGCACACACACUGAUGUUCCUCUUCAGAGCUCAGCGUCUCCUCCUGCUCCCUCACAUCGGGAUCCCCUCCUCCACCCUGAACUGCUUCGUAACACACACACACACCGACAGCAGGAGAUCCUGAGAGGCCUCGCACAGCUACGACAGGGUUUAUUACAGAAACAGAGGGAGUUGGAGACGGAUCUAAAACGCCAUGACAACGAGCUCCGGUGAACUCUGACCUGUGUGUGAGUCAGGAUGAAGUAGCGCUGCAGUGUUUCCUUCAGCCAUCAUGGAGAACUUUUAACAGAAAACCUUCAGUGUUCUGAGGAUCAGCCAGUCAUUCAAAACUUGAAAACUGGAAGUACGUACCACAGCGAGGAGUCUACUUACAGACUUGCAUAUCUGCAAACAGACUGAAGCUGAGUUUUGGGAGUUUUCAAAGUAAAUCUGAUGAUAUCAGAGUGAGUUUGACAGAUAAUCUUGAUUUGGGGCAACACAUCCCGCCUCCUGGUCACAGAAGUGACCAACAACACAAACGUUACAAAGUGCUUUGCAAUUCUUGUAUUGUUAAAAAACACGUGGCUCUUUUUUUUUUGUGAGUUGCAGGUUCAACACUAGCUCUUUGAAUGUUUCACUACAAGCUCCAUCAGUUCUACCUCACAUCAGGAUCUUUUAUGCCACUCGCUCUGUUUUAUCUUUCCUCCACUGGGUACAAAAUAAGACAAAGAUGUUUCCUUUUACGUGGAUGAGCAUCAUUUUAAUGUGACUAUUGUAUUUUAUUGCACUUUCCAUAAGAAUGACAUGUGCCGAGCGGUCACUGAGGAGGUUUGAAGUACUACACACUAUUUCUUUGAUCAUCCUUCCUGUAGAGUCGACUUAUUUAAAUCAUGAAUGAAAGCUUCCUGCUGGCCGAGGAGCUCCGUGUUUCCAUUUGUCUGUGUUAUUGUAUUGUUUUUUUAAUUUAUUGAUGUAAUAAAUAAUGUAAUGUGUA